AUGAUGAUCUAUCACGAUUCUGGCGGUUUGUUAACGAUCUUAAUCACCAUAUUUGAUCUACAGUCUAUAGCUGCCAUUAUUCUAUCUGGAGCGCCAAAUUCAUAUGCAAGAUAUCCGAAAUGGGCACAUUCGUUCGAAAAUUCGCUAUCAUUCGAAUUUAAGACCAAGCAAUCGCAUGGUCUUUUAUUAUAUACAGAUGAUGGAGGCGUGAAUGGAAAUUUCUACUCAAUUAGUAUAUCGGAUGGACGAGUUCAACUAGAUUUUCGGUUGGGCGACAAUGCAAACGAUUUUGGUGCUCGUAGGGCAGUAAAUACAAUACGAAUAGAAGAGAUUCGAGUAGAUGACGAUCGCUGGCAUUCGUUGGCACUCUUCCAGUCUUGGGAAAAUGUCAAAAUGGAACUUGAUGCCUCGCUGGUGUUUAAAAUUCUCAAUCAAAGAAGUUUUAUUUUUGGGAACAUCCUCAAAAAUUCAGAUGUGUUCGUCGGUGGAGUGCCUCAGGACACUCAUCUCUUAUCAGUAAUGAGCUCUCCAUUGAGAAGAUAUGCACGACAUCUAGCUGGUAAUAUACGAAAUCUCGUCUAUCGAUUGUAUCCUCAAGGAGUGACUUCACCGCAAUUACUGGAUAUACACGGGUCUAGACAUAACGAAGAUGACUACUGCCGACCAUCAGGGUUUGCUGCACGAGAGCAAUUUGUCUGUAAAAACGGUGGAGAAUGUUACAGUACGAAUGAGGGACCGAAAUGUGAUUGUUCAUUGAGUGAUUAUGAGGGGAAGCAAUGCGAAGUUGAGAAAAUGGACGCCGAACUUACCUUUUCUGGUCAGGAAUGGGUAGGUUACGAUGUUUCCGAAACUUCUGCUGGUCCAUUAAAAACAAAAGCGGAAAACUUCUCUUUGUCAUUCAAAACCGUACAUGGCAACUCGAUGUUGUUUUACGCUGGCGAUGAAAAGAGCUACAUGCAGUUAUAUCUGGAAGAUGGUGCGCUCAUUGCUAGCUCAAAAUUCGCUGGCUCUGCUCCUCGACUCGUCAGAAUUUUUAACGAAAUGCCCCGGGCGAGGUUUGACGACGAUUCAUGGCAUGCUGUAUCCAUGCAACGAUCGUUGCAGAUGUUAACAUUGACGGUAGAUGGAAGGACGGACGAAAUAAGGCAAUAUGCUCCGGAACUCGACUGGAUUGGUCAUUCAUUCGCUUACCUUGGGGCCAUCCCUUUGGAUAAACAUGUACCUGGAUUGACAAAGAGUGCAUUUCGAGGAUGUAUGAAGCAGGUUAAGUACGAUGCUGACGCACAAAGGCUACUAUUUAUCACCUUAGCCGAUCAAGGAUUUGGUGGCAGCAUCAUAAAAACAGGAGGUGAACUAUCCUUCUCCUGUAAAAGCCCCAGUCAACCUCCCGAUGUUCUAUCAUUUCAAACAAGCUUAUCAUUUCUUGCUCUACCGAAAUGGGGUGCAUUGGCCAGUGGCAGUUUGUCUUUUCAUUUCCGAACAACUGAGAAAGAUGGACUUAUACUUUUUCACGGUAAUCUUGGCAGUGAUGCUUCGGAUUAUGUAGCAUUCGAGCUGAUCGACGGUCAUCUUCAUAUGAUUAUCAAUCUUGGAAGCGGUGCCGUCAGAUUACAAACAACAGCUCGUCGAGUGACAGAGGGUAAUGGCUGGCAUUCUGUCCAUCUGGAACGUGUUGGUAGAACCGGAAGUGUUAUCGUAGACAGUAUGAAGACGGACUUCAAUACACCCGGCGUUUCAUCAAAUCUUAUCGUUGACGAUCCCAUUUUUCUUGGCUGGGUGCCAAAUACUACCGUAUCCUAUCCAUCUACGAUUUGGUCCAUUUCAUUGCGUAAAGGAUUCACUGGAUGCAUAAAGAACCUUCGCGUCAAUGGCAUAAGCGCAAGAAUUGCGACAGUUUUUGAGAAAUCCAAUGCUACAGGGAUUUCCAUUGGCUGUCCACCUUCACCAACUGAAAAUCCAUGCUCCAACAAUCCAUGCCAUAAUUUUGGACGUUGUGAACCCUUCCAAAACACUUUUACUUGUGAUUGUGCUGAAACAAACAAGGAGGGACCAACUUGCAAUAUUGAACCAACGGUCGUUGAGCUGACAGGCGAACGUUUCCUCCAUAUACUUCCGUAUACGUUGGAAUCAGAAGCUGAAACGAUCGAAAUUAGAUUUCGGACCGACUACUCGCGAGGAGUGUUACUGAGCACCAAAUCGAACUCAGCUCCAAAAAAUCAGCUUCUGGUUUACGUCAAUGAGAGCUCAUUAGGAGUUCUACUGAGGCACGAUGGUGGCGAACAUACUUUUCGUUGGGGUAAAGGAGUUUCCGAUAACCGCUGGCAUUUUAUGCGCUUGAAACGAAGAGGAGAGAAGAUCUUACUAUAUCUGGAUGGAAAAUGGCAGCAGAACAACUACCUACCCUCAUCGAUUCCCUUGAAAAUCGACGAAAUCUCUGGCGGUGUUGGAUUUCAAAGCGAAAAUGGAACUUUGGCAGAACCAUUUCGCGGUUCAGUAUCGAGAAUGAUGUUCAACGGGAUUGAUUUGCUCGAACGACUAAAGAAAGAAGGAAAAAUGAGCAAAGAAGGUAAAGGACAACGAAAUAUCAGGCCUAAGCACUCAUCCGUCUCUUUUACGAACACAACUGGUUAUGCAGUUUUGUCGCCAAGAAUAGCCUCAUCACUUACGGGUUCAUUACGUGUGUCUUUCAAAUUUCAAACUCUCAUUCGAAAUGCCUUAUUACUUGCCUCAUAUUCUGCCGAGAAGAACACCUCGUUAUUGAUCGAAUUAGUACAAGCUAGGAUACGAAUCACUUACAAAGCAAGAACUGGAGAAAUGGUGGUCAAGUCUCCUUUACUGCCAAGUCACCAACAUCUUAGCGAUAUGCGGUGGCACACUCUGCUUUUCUACCAGGAAGAACGCAGCUCACUCUAUAUGCUGCUCGUCGACAAUACUACAGUAGUGACCGAGAGCGAACUAGCGCCAGAACUCAGUGGCAUCGUCACUAUAGGAGGUGCUCCACCAUCAACUCCGCUGGUCCGAGGCGGUUUCCGCGGAUGUCUGGCUGGUGUGCGGCUCAACGAUCAAGCCAUCGAUGUUUAUGAUGAUUCUGAGGACAAGAAAGAUGUUGUUCGGGGAUGCUCAGGGCCGCUUGCUCGAUGUUCGCCCGGAGCAUGUUCGAAUAGGGGGCGAUGUAUACAGCAGUGGAAUUCAAUUCGAUGUGACUGUACCUUAACCGCCCAUGCUGGAGAUAGGUGUCAGGAAGCAGCAACCACAGCCUCUUUUGCUGCUCCAUCUUCGAUUUUCUUCGAAUAUCCCAUGGGCGAACGACCAUCGACAUCUCGAGAUUAUAUGCUUUUUGCCUUUCGUACCUCAAGACCUUCUGGAGUACUGUUAUCUGUCGAUUGUGCAGUAGAUCAAGAUUAUUUUACUGUCUAUUUGGAGGAGGGUUUUCUACAAAUAAAGUACAAUCUUGGCAGUCGAGAACAUCAUUUUGGGCAUUUUGCUCAUAAAGUCAACGAUAACAAAAAGCAUACUGUCAGAAUUCAUCGAGUAGAGACGAAUGUAACGUUGCAAAUCGAUGGUCGACCGCCGAUUCGAUACAGGCCAAAAGGAGCGGAUGACCUGGUAACUCUAAAUAUGCAAUGGAGAGUGUCGUUGGGUGCUGCUUUGAACUCUCGUCAUAUCGAAACCAAAAGAAUUUCUGCAAACAGAAGUCGACGACGGAAAUCGAUCAGGCUUGUCGACCCAUUUGAUGGAGAGAUCUCGGGAGUGAACUACAAUGGACAUAUGAUUCUAGAUCUACAUGCACAAGGAUCUCCUCGUGUGCAUAGCAUUGGUGACGUUCAUAUCUCACAUAUAGCAAAACCUAUAGAGUCACAAGAAGAAGACGUAAUGGAGGAUUACAUCGAGAACCCAUCAGAAGCUCUCAUCGAGUCCAUUGGCCCAGGUUGCCUCAGUCUUGAAGACCAGGAAAACUGCUAUAUUGAACCCGAGGAAACAGGUUUUUUCACACCGAUACUUCCAUCAGUUGCCACGGCACCGAGACGAGCUGUACAUUCGAAGGAAAAAUCCACUGCGGCGACGUUCAGCACAUUUCUAUCGGCUACGACCGCAAAACUGGCAAAACCUCGAACAACACCGCCUUUUACAGUGUAUGCUGUGCGCCCGACUACUCCGAUGGGGGAUUUAAUUACGACAACGAUGAAGGCUUCCGAAGCGGCGGAUUUCCCAAGAACAGCUCUAAUUAGCAUCGCUUCCGUGUCCGUCAUCAUGAUCAUAGCUGUCGUCGUCUUUUGCGUAUUUCGCUGUCGGCAGAGUCCACCACCCGGGGAUCACUAUCCGAUGGGUUACACAUCCAUUGCACCUGAGCUGUCACCUCCUCUCGGUUCCGAUCACGCAACGCAACCGCUGCUGGGACGGCCGGCCCCACAGAUGAACGGAAAUGGUUACCAGUCAAUGAAGGGUGCUAUAAUAACGAAUGGAAAUGGAAUGAAUGGUCAUGCAAAGAAUGGUGUUGGUGGAGGUGGUAAAAAAGAUUUCAAAGAGUGGUACGUCUAGGAGCCUAACCUUUGAAGUCCAAUGUCACUUUAUCCUGUGCUAUCUGCUCGUUUCAAUUCUUUCAUUGGAUUCAUUACUCAUCGGCAGCUACCGUAAUCUUAAUUAUUCUAGUCGUUGCCCCUCUCUAUGAGGCAAGUUGUUCUUUGCAAAGCUUUAAUGUGUACAGAAAUUGUGUUCUCUCACUCAUGUUUGCCACUUUUUCUUAUUUAUUGCACUCACGGGUAUAAUAUUCAGGAUUCCCUUGAUAAUCUCCAUAAUAUCAUUUUUGAUCUACUUCCUUAUCAUCUCGCCAUUUGUAUUCCACUUUUUAUCUUUCUUAUCUUUGUUUGUUCUGGAGAUCAAAAGUGCAUCUCCAUCCCAUAGGCUUUUGCUAAAUGUGAUCUCAUGGCCUGAUCUGCACAAUCAUUUCACCUGUUUUCUCUAUUUGUCUG